UAAUGUUCUUGUAGUAUUCUUUGACAUGUUCAACUUUCUUUGACAUGUUCACCGCGAACUUCAGUAUAUAUACUCUCUAAUUCUCAUCGAGUACACCUCCAACACCACAUCUAAUCCACCCAAUCCCAAAAUACCAAAAAAAUUGUGUCCAGAAAAUGUAUAGAGUUGCAAGUGCAUCAGAGUACCUGGUGAUCACAGGGUGGGGGAUCCCUGAUAUAAAUAUAGCGAAGAAAGCUUGGGUACUUCCUGGACAAUCUAGUACAAAGUUUGAUGUUUCCCCUGUAAAUUACACUUUUGAAGUCCAAGCCAUGAGUGCUGAAAAACUCCCUUUUCUUCUUCCAGCAGUUUUCACGAUCGGUCCUAGAAUUGAUGAUGAAGGCAGCCUCUUGAAAUACGCAAAACUCAUCUCUCCACAUGACAAACUCUCAAACCAUGUCAAAGAUCUUGUUCAAGGUAUCAUUGAAGGAGAAACUCGAGUUCUUGCCGCAUCAAUGACAAUGGAGGAGAUAUUCAAAGGCACCAAAGAGUUCAAACAAGAAGUAUUCGGGAAAGUCCAACUUGAACUAAACCAAUUUGGGCUAUUAAUCUACAAUGCAAAUGUCAAACAGCUAGUUGAUGUUCCAGGACAUGAGUACUUCUCCUACUUGGGUCAAAAGACACAAAUGGAAGCUGCAAAUCAAGCGAAGAUUGACGUUGCAGAAGCCAGAAUGAAAGGAGAGAUUGGAGCAAAGCUAAGAUCAGGACAAACACUACAGAAUGCCGCAAAAAUUGAUGCAGAAACAAGGAUUAUAUCGACACAAAGGGAAGGAGAAGGGAAGAAAGAGGAGAUGAAGGUGAAGACUGAAGUGAAAGUUUAUGAAAACCAUAGAGAAGCAGAAGUUGCUGAAGCAAAUGCAGAAUUGGCAAAGAAGAAAGCAGGGUGGGCUAAGGAUGCACAAGUAGCAGAGGUGGAGGCAGAGAAAGCUGUGGCUUUGAGGGAUGCUGAGUUGCAGAGGGAAGUGGAGAGGAUGAAUGCUUUGGCCAUGACAGAGAAGCUUAAGGCUGAAUUCUUGAGCAAAGCUAGUGUUGAGUAUGAAACUAAGGUGCAAGAGGCAAAUUGGGAGCUCUACAAGAAACAAAAAGAAGCAGAAGCAUAUCUCUACGAAAAGGAGAAAGAAGCAGCAGCACAGAAAGCAAUUGCAGAAGCUGAUUCCUACAGACGUAAGCAGAUCAUUGAUGGAGAUUUAUAUGCAAAGAUGAAGGAAACAGAAGGACUUAAAGCUCUAGCAGAAGCUCAAGGCACCUAUUUGCACACUCUCUUAGAAGCUUUGGGUGGAAAUUAUGCUGCUCUAAGGGAUUACUUAAUGAUAAGUGGUGGAAUGUUUCAAGAACUUGCCAAGAUUAAUGCUGAGGCUAUCCAUGGCCUACAACCCAAAAUCAGCAUUUGGACAAAUGGAGGAUCUCAUGAGGCAGCAGCAGAAGGUGGUGGAAGUGCCCUAAAAGAAGUUGCUGGCAUCUACAAAACAUUGCCACCAUUGUUCAAGACUGUUCAAGAACAGACUGGAAUGUUGCCACCUUCAUGGAUGGGCACCUUGACUAAUGACACUAGUCAAUGACUCUUGUUCUCUUCGACGAAUAAUGUUAGGAUCAAAAUGUCACACUUUUGCUAUUUUGUUCAAAUAAAAACCCCACGGAACUGGUCUACUAGAUUAGUGCUAGUGCAUGUGACUUGAGGCUUGCUCGGUUAGUGAGGCAUGUCUACAUCUAAGCAGCAGGUCAAGAGUUUUGAGUCCUGAGCGGAUGAUUUUCGAACUUAAGAAAGUUCAAUGGCUUCCGUUUUUCUA